GCGGAUUGCUACUAGCCACGAGCACGCCCGGUCAGCGGGUUUGAGUGUUGCUUACUUCCUACAGGUGCUUUUCACACAGCACGAGUCCUCUAACAGCCGAGGACCCUAGGUGACGAACCAUGGGCCUACUAGAUUUUUUUACAAAAAUAAAAGAGCGAGCGGAAAAGUUUUUAAACGAGAAAAACGUUUUGACAGACUUCCUGAGCAAGAUAGAGGAAAACACCGGAAUCAAGAAAAAAGUAAUUGCGUUUGGUGCCGUGUCGCUGACGGGACUCUAUUUGGUGUAUGGAUACGGUGCCUCCCUUCUCUGCAACCUCAUUGGUUUCGUCUAUCCGGCAUACUACUCAGUCAAAGCCAUCGAAAGUGAAAACAAAGAGGAUGACACCAAGUGGCUGACCUAUUGGGUCGUCUAUGGAGUCUUCAGUCUGGGCGAGUUCUUCUCUGACAUCUUCCUUUACUGGUUUCCAUUCUACUAUGCAUUCAAGUGCCUGUUCCUGUUGUGGUGCAUGGCUCCGGUUUCAUGGAACGGCUCUCAGAUCCUCUACCGCAGGGUGGUUCGCCCCGUCUUCCUCCGCCACGAGGCCACGGUGGACAACAUGGUCAGCGAUCUCAGCGGGAAGGCCAUGACCGCCGCCGAGUCUGUCACCAGAGAAGGAUGAAGUAGAUGUAGACUAAUGUUCUGCAGAUGACAGCCAACAAGGAGGAGCCCCAGUAGUGGAGAGAAGCAGAGAUAGCCAGACUGCUCUGUUCACUAGGACCUGUUAUGCAUUCAUACUGAUGUAUCCAGAGCUGAUUCAACCAAUCUCAAUGCCCUGUGGUGGAAACGUGAUGAUCUGCUCUCAAAGAGAUUGUUUUUUCUUUCUUUUUUCCCCCUUUUUAGAUAUGAGAUGGGGCUCUUUGGCCACUUUGAGUAGAGUUUUAGUUGACAACGUUUUAUUUUAACAUGUACAAUAUUAUCAAUAUAAGUAGUGUAUGCGAGGCAUUCGGGUCCAGUCAAAUUCAACUCGCUGCUCUUUAAAGCUAGUGCAGACUGAGCCAAGCCUGACCAUAUUCUGCAUCAUAAAAGACCUUUUCAAGGAGAUUAGUAUCACAAUAUCAGAAAGGACUUAAUAUCAUCAUAACUGUAUAAAAAUUACAAUAUAUCACAGGAAGUUUACUUGAUGAUAGAGGCAAGAUGUUAAGAUCUGUGUAUUUUUUAUUUUUAUUUUUCGUAUUCAAGUUGUCGUUAGUUUACAAUCUAUGUAAAUUCCAUCCAUACUGUGAGGGUGUGUUGGCUCAAUGCUGCAUGAAGCUCACUGGCAUUAAAAUGGCCACACUUGAAAUAGAGUUUGUCUUGUUUUCUCUGUCAUACUUGUAUUUAAAAUGAGAGCAUACUAUUUUUCCUUUUUUAAGCUAUAUAUACAACAGUAUUUUCUUUACCUUUCAUUUUUGAAUUCAACUUGUGUUGCUAGCUCAAGAAUGAAUGAAAUAAAAGUCCUUAAA